UCUUAGGUAAGAGACUCAAAUUAAAAAACAAAGAGCGACAACAUAUAUAUAGCAAAUCAAAAAUCGCUUCUUUCAGGUGAGGGUAAGGCCCGAUUGAGAAAUGGCAACCACUGUACAUUCCAUGUCUACCAACUCCACCACCACCACCCUGAUUGACGGCAAGGCUCCUCUACGACAAUCAGCUGUCGCUACAUCCUCUCAAUGUGUCACCCUUCCGUCUCUUCCACCGCCACCUCUUCAGCAGCAGAACCGUGCUUGGAAGGCCACCGGCUACUGUCGAAAGUUAGCCCGGAAUGUUGCUGCCAUGGCCACUGGAGAGGCAUCCCCCGAGGUUGCCUCAACUGACCUUCCAGAGCUCAUUAAGCCAAUUCAAGAGGCGUGGGACAAAGUGGAAGAUAAGUAUGCUGUGAGUUCUCUUGCAGUAGCCGGAGUUGUUCUACUUUGGGGUUCCACAGGAAUGAUCUCGGCUAUAGACAGGCUUCCACUAAUUCCAGGUGUUCUUGAGCUCGUUGGAAUCGGUUACACAGGCUGGUUUGCAUACAAGAACCUGGUUUUCAAACCUGAUAGGGAAGCUUUGAUAGAGAAAAUUAAAUGCACAUACAAAGACAUUAUUGGGGGCAGCAGCUAGUUGAUUGAGUGGGAAUUUGAGUAUCACCAGCAGCAGCGCCAGGAAUGAUAUCUAUAUUUUACUUCUUCUUCUUUUUUUGAAUUUUAUAUCAAUAAUAAAAUUCUAACCAUGUGCACAUGUAUCCAUGUAAUUCAAAUUUUCCAUCCCAUUCUUCCAAACCUUGUUAUUUUAUAUAGUAAACUGCAUUUUCUUGUUUU